CUCUUUCGUCCCUCCCGACCUUCCCGCACAUCCCAAAAUUUCUGAACUCUCGACGACGAAGAAGCAAGGAAGCGGCGACGGGAGCUCGCUGGAGAGGCUUUCUGGCGGUUUGUGAGUGAGAAGAAGAGUUCGUAAGGCCCGCAGAUCUAAGUUGAAUCUGUCGAAUCCCGGGGUUUGGUAAAUCCACGAUUUAAGGCCCUAAGAAUAUCAAUGGAUCUAGAGACAGAGAACCGUCUAGCUGCCUUAUUGAUGGAAGAGGCUAGGAGAUUGCGACGUGAGGCUGAAAAAGAUGGCGUGCAUAUUUAUCUCCAAAAGCCCAAUGUAAGAGGCCGCCCAAAUUCACGCUUUCUGACUGCUACUGUUCUUGGUGUUGAACAAGCUAAUCGAGCUGCUGAAAUUAGCGAAAUGUGGCGUGCUAGAGAGAAAGAAUGCGAGUUGGAUGCUAAGCAAAGGCAUAAUAAAUCAAGAGACAACAGCAGAAUCAUGAAUGCGAGAAAUGGUUACAUAAAUGAAGUUUCUAAGCCCUGGCUUGAAGAUGGUCUGAUAGAUUCCUCGAUCAAUUGUUCAUCCAGUAAAUAUUAUUCUGAAGAUUCUCAUUCUAGAGACGGUAUUGGUCUUCAGGAUGAUGAUAUUGAAGAAUUCCUUCAUUCAAGGGUGAAAAGAGGGAGAGGAUCUGUUGGCUGUAGAAUGGAUGAGCCAGGUCCAUAUCUUCCAUCAACAUCUGCUGAUCUUGAUGAACUGAUUCCUAGUCCUGCCAAAAGUAUUGGGGAGGAAAAAAAGCGCCGUAUUCUUGGUCCAGAAAAGCCAUAUUUUUUUAAAUCUCAUCCUUCACAUGAAGGAGAGGCAACUGAUGAGUGCAAAUCAAAGAAGUAUCAUUAUGAAAAGAAGAAAAACCCAAGAAGCGAAAAAUCUGACAACAAAAGCAGGAAAGAGAACUCGAAAUAUCAUAAGAAUCACCGGAGAGACUCGGGAAAGCGAAAGACAAAGUAUGUGUAAACUUGUGUUGACAAAGAUGAUACCUACCCUAAUAAGAGAUGCUUUUUGGCAUUGAAUAUUCUCUUUUUUGUAUUAUGCUGCUCAGCUGUGUCUUUUGCAGGAACUUCUGUGCUAAUUCUAAUGAGGUUAAGUAGUGUAAACCAACUGAAAUUUGUAAAAUUGCUGACAUUUUUUGAAGGAAGUUAUUUUUUUCUGUACAGAAUGGCAUCACAGAUGCAUAUGAGUUUCCAUCCACAACAUAACGCUACG